GUAUUUGCUCAGAGGCAACAUCCUCCUUGCUUCAAGAAAGCUUCAAGUCCUUGCCUACCUUAGUGCUACAGCAAAUGUGCUAUUUUCAGAAUUCAGAUCUGGAAAUGUUUCUACUGGAAAACUCUCUGACAGCAAAAUUUCUAGUGCAAGUGAUGUUGAAAAGCCAAUGCUGUUCUACAGUUUCCACACUUCUAAAAAAAACAGAAAGGGUUCUUGAUUAUUUGAUCUGAAACAAAUUUUGCAUGGAUGUUCCUUCAUACCUUGAGCUCUGCAGAUGUUUUAGAAAGGCAUUUAGGUGUGACUUGACUCAACUCCUCAUGAAAGGCAUUAGCUAACUGUUAGGCAACGCUGAAAACCUUCAGCUUGAAUCACCAGCAACGCUGGUGAUGGAGGUGAAAGUGGAUGGAUACUUCCCCUGGAGUUUCAGCCAUUUUGGUGCUUUUCCAGCUGCUGGCAUAAAUCAGAGGCCAGGAUUGUUCUCAUUUACAUCUGUCUGGAAGGGUCUCCCUGUACGUUCAUCAUAUUUUGAAGAUUACCAUCUAGAUUCCUCUUGUAUCACUGUUUUUUGAAGCAGCAGAGUAGGCCAGCAGAGAUACUGACUUGAAAGCGUGCACUGGCAUCACUGCUGCUGGUUUCUGACUCAGCAGAGACACAGAUGUGUUUCUCAGAGCAAAGGAUGUUGUUUCAGUUACUCACAUUUCUGAGACUGUUUGGCAUGAAAGACCAAACAGGGUGGAAACUUUCACUUUGAGCAAAAGAACAGUUUUAAUAGAGCCCACAUGCUUGUACCUUUUCAUCUCUGUCCUUUCCCACUGCUCUCCUGGGCCAAAUGUUCAACUCACUGAAAUGAUGGUAGCAAAAAGAAGGCAAUUCUGUUAACUGUGAAGAUGUAUUUCUGGGGAAAAAAAAAAAUUAUAACUAUGGGCUUUUGAACAACAAAAUGGGGAAAGAUGCUCGUAGCACAGCAGAUUUCUUAGAGGAAGCACACGGAUGACCACAUGGUGCCCUUGUGCUCUCAAAAGUCCUUGUCUUCUUUCUGCCCACCUCGUCUCCUUGGCAGGCUGCAGGUGAACUGGUAGAUGCAGCACAGAUCUGGCACAGCUGAGAGGGAUUUUCAGCUCCCCAGUUGAAGUACUCUGGAGGAUGCAUCUAGAAAGCCAGCAUUGAUGUAAACAUCUGGUAACAACUACACUGGGGCAAUUAGGGCAUAACCUCUGUAUUUCAUUGCCUGAGGAAGAUGAUUAUAAUGAUGACCAGAACAUCUCUGCAAUGAGUAGAAAUGAGCAAAAUGUUGCAGGCUUUCUUGAAAAUGUUCAUGUUCAAUUUGUGAAACUCAUAUUUCUUGAAAAAGCCUGUCUUCGGGUGAAGAGAACAGUUUUCCUCUUAUCGUUCGCACGUAUGCAUUCUUGAUCUGACAUGACUUGCAACCACAAGAGAGCACUCUUUCCUUUGAAGAUUUCUCUGCUUCUCCAGAAAGCGAGAGACAUGCCAUAUAAGUUUGCAAACUGCUUGAGAGCUGUUUCAGUUAGACCAGAGCAGCCGAAACAACAAAGCUUGCAGUUGUCUUUUGGAUUUCAUUGUGGAAAGCCUUUGGGUAGUUUUCAGAUGACAGAAGAUCCUCAGUUCCUGAAAGGGAGGAGUUCUGCCAAAACUUUGAAGAUCUCUGUAAACUUUGCAAAUUACGCCGCUUUUGGAGACAAUUAUAUCAAAUGAUAUUGUGGAUUACAAUACAUGAGAAGUGUUUAGAGCCUGGAAGAUUAUUUAUGUUUGGCGUUAACUCGUAUGGUCAUAAUUUCAACGGAGAAAAGGAAUACACAGGAACCCUCUUAUUAUCUUUUGAAAUAUGAAGAUCAGAGGAAAAGGAAGGUUUAAAAGUGUGGAGUGAUGGUCCUCAAAACCUGUCUAUAAAUUAGCUGGCAUCCUGCAUCUAUAAAAACAAGGCUUAGAGCUGAUUUCCAGGCACGAGUGGACCUCCUGAGUCAUCAGCAGUGCUUUGAGAUCUGAGUUUCUACACUCUGCAGGAGAAAAUUGCCACCCCUGGGGCAAAGUGCCUGUACAAAUGUUUCCUUCUUGCCCGGAUUGAUACACGAUUUGGAAGUCAAAUUCGGGAGCUGACUUUGUGCUGGUGAGAAAAGACAAAGCAUGGCCAGCAAUAAAGAUGAUGAUGGACUGUUGAACAGGAUUGCAUUUUCAGGAGCGAUGCCCCUGGCUAACAGCCACAUCCAUCCCCACGGGGUUCCCCUGAGAGAACCCUUUGGGGUUCCCAUCCACUUAGACCCGUCGUACUGGGAGCGAGCCUACGGUGGGCAUGCAGGUCGCAUCUCCUACAUCCCAUUCCCUGGCUACGUGGGCGUCUAUGACUAUUCCUUUGAGCCUGCCUUCAUUCGGAAGAGGAACGAGAGAGAAAGGCAGCGGGUGCGCUGCGUGAACGAAGGCUAUACACGCCUGAGAGAGCACCUGCCCAAGGAAUUUGCUGACAAGCGCCUCAGCAAAGUGGAGACCCUGAGAGCAGCCAUAAGCUACAUCAAGCACUUGCAGAGCUUGCUGGACUGCUAUCCCCUGGGGUCCAGCAGUAAGGAAACGCUCACCACCAAGGAGCUCCCGGAUGAUCCCAGUCCCGGUCCUCUGCGGGAGUGCAACAGUGAUGGAGAGUCGAAAGCCUCCUCAGCCUCAUCCCCCUACAGUGAAUUCGAGGAGGUGGGUAGCUAGGAAUUGGCCCCCUGGAGAAACAAGCCUUCAAGACCUUCUGAAAGCCAGAACUAAAUCCCCUGGGAUUUUUCUGUGGAUUAAGAUGAAUACCAGGAAAAAGGAAAACAGCUAGGAGAAAAGAUAAAGGUAUUUUCUCUCUUUCAAAGGACAACUGUGUCGUCUGCACAGAACUUAAAGAUGAUUUGUAAGCACACAGACCUUGCUUCUCUUGUUCCACAUGUGUUACUAAACUUCGGAUUGUUAAAACUGAAGCAACUGUUUGAAUUCUACUUUUCAUUCAGCUUUUGUUCUAUUUUCAUUUGCCUUUCACGCAAGAAGAGAACAAAACCAGAUAAAUCCAUUUCAGGAAAUCCCCCUUCCCUUUCUCCCACUUUCUCUUUCAAGUUUUAUUUUCCUGCUUGCUAGCUUGGAAUAUCCUGGGUUACAAACAUUUCGACUGGGAAAGGUAAGAUUUAGAUAGCACAUCCUUCCCUAAAAUUGUUAGAACACUCCCAGAAAUGCUCCUGUUUCUGAAAGGACAGUAUUUUUAUAAACUUGUGAAUGAUUUUUUCUUUAAUGGCAUCUUCUAAAGCGAAAGUAGCAACUCAUGCAUUGGAUUCCGGCUGUUUGGUGAUCAUGGGAGGGGUGAUUUUCAGGAAAAGAAAGUCUGACAGUUUCACUCUAAAGUGUUCUAGAAAGUGGUAGACAGAGAUUUGUAAAACUGCACCUAGAAAGGCACAGCUUCACUUCUGAUAAUGUAAAAAUGUUGCUGGCCUAUUUCUUUCUUUACUCAAAAUUGAGUUUGUACACAAAGUCAUCCUGAGUAUUUUUGAUCAGUGAGAACUUAGAAAUAGGUUCCUGUGGCAGUUAUGUAGUGGUAUAUACAAAAGGGGUAACAUUAAAUAUAUCAGUUUACAUCUGUGUGAAGGUGUUUCUCCUUUUGAUCAGAACAUUGCAUUACUUUUUCAAAGAAUACACCUUUUCAAAUGAAUAUCUCAAAGUAUAUGAAAUACCUUUCAUUUGGACAAUAUCUGAGAACUUUUCCCCAAGUUGCUCAAAAAUCUUCCUUUCUCCACGGCCAGAUUUAAUUAUCAUUUAGCUAUGAGCUCGAAUCUCAUUCUGAAUACAAGGUAAACUUCUCACUCAUACAUCUUACACAAAGACCUUCCAAACUUCUGCCUUUUUGGCCUCACUUUGGUGAAAUAGUUUUGUAUCAUUUUGUUUUUCCUUUGCAGUGUGCUGACUGAACACCCGAAAAAAUACUUGUGUGUAAAUGAGAAUGCAUACUGAUUAAAUACCUCAGAUGUGUCCAUAAAUUUCAUUUAAAUAAAAAAUGCAAUACAUCCAGGCUAUGGGUCUUUUUG